UUGAAGAUUAUGAUGAUGUUGAUAAUGAUGAUGUGGAUGAUGAUGAUGAUGAUGAUGAUGAUGAGGAUUAUGUUGAGGAUGACGAUGAGGAUGAUGAUCAGGAUGAUGAUGAGUAUGUUGAUGAGGAUGAUGACGAGGAUUUUGAUGAGCAUGAUGAUGAGGAUGAUGCUGAGGAUGAUGAUGGAGAUGACGAUGAGGAAGAUGAUGAUGAUGAGUAUGACGAUGAUGAUGAGCAUGAUGAUGAAAAUGAUGAUGAGGAUGAUGAUGAGGAUGAUGAUGAGGAUGAUGAAGAGGAUGAUGAUGAUGAGGAGGAGGAGGAUGACGAUGAAGAUGACGAUAAGGAUGAUGAUGAGAAUAAUGAUGAGGAUGAUGAUGAGGAUGAUGAGAAGCAUGGUGACGAGGAUGAUGAUGAGGAUGACGAUGAGGAUGAUGAUGAUGAUGAGGAUGAGGAUCAUGAUGAGCAUGAUGAUGAUGAUGAUGAUGAGGAUGAUGAUGAGGAUGAUGAUGCGGAUGAUGAUGAGUAUGUUGUUGAGGAUGAUGGUGAGGACGAUGAUGAGCAUGAUGAUGAGUAUGAUGAUGAGGAUUAUGACGGGGAUGCUGGUGAGGAUGUUGAUGAGGAUGACGAUGAGGAUUAUGAUCAGGAUGAUGAUGAGGAUGAUGAUGAAGAUGAUGAUGAGGGUGAUGAUGUGGAGGAUGAUGAGGAUGAUGACGAGGAUGAUGAUGAGGAUGAUGAUGACAAUGAUGAUGAGCAUGAUGAUGAGGAUGAUGAUGAGGAUGACGGCGAGGCGAUCAUGAGGAUGAUGAUGAGGAUGAUGAUGA